AGGGAGAAUCUAACAACAGUCUUCAAAUUUGUUAAGGGUGGUUUUACAGAGGACGAUGAUCAAUUGUUCUCCAUGUCCACUGAAGGUAGGCUUAAUAUGCAGCAAAAGAGAUUUAGGUUAGAUAUUAGGAAAAACUUUCUAACUGUAAAGAUAGCUAAGUCCUGUAACAGGUUACCGAGGGAGGUUGCUGAGUCCUGUUAGGAGUGCUGGACCAAUUUGUACAGUGGGGUGCUGAGAGUCAUUGAACCAAACUGUAAACUUUGUAUAUGAUGGAAACCACUUCAAACCAGGGGGUGCAGCACCAGUCAAGAGCUACCGUCCUCAUGGCGUUGGUCUGGCACGCUGCGAUUACUAGAGGGGUGGAGAAUGCUAUGACAGGACUUAACAACAAAGCCAAAAGUCAAGUGACUAACAAAAGGGCUGCUUUGGAAAAGAUUGGGAAGAAAGUUACAACCAGAGGAACACAUGCAGCCAAGAAAACAGAGAACUUCAAAGUACCUGUAAAAACUACAAAAGGCGCUACUAAACCAGCAAAUGUAACUGCACAACCUAAACCUUCAGCUUCAUUGAAUUUAACUCUCAAAGAAGAGAUUGUUCCAAAGAUUCGGUCUCCAACCCCUAUAGAUGAAUCCAUGAAAGAAGAGGACCUAUGCCAAGUUUUCUCUGAGGUGCUGCUUAACAACAUAGAGGAUAUUGAUGCUGAUGAUUGGGAAAAUCCUCAACUCUGUAGUGACUAUGUAAAAGAUAUUUACAUGUUUUUAAGAACAGAUUAGGCAAACACCUGUCUGGGAUGGUCUAGAUAUACUUGGUCCUGCCUCAGCAUGGAGAGAAGGACUAGAUGGCAUCUUGAGGUCCCUUCCAGCCCUGCAUUUCUAUGAUUCUAUGAAAUUCCCUUUUCUAGGAGUCUAGUACCUUAAACCUAUCAAUGGUCCAUAACAGAAUAGUGGUCAUCUUGGACCUCAUGCCAGUGUAAAUUUGUGAGGCAAAUGCUACAUUUGGGAUAAAGAAGGACACACUUUUGUGGCAGGUUAGUUUUAAAACCAAGAAAAUGGUGGCUGCUAGAAGAUACCUAGGUAUUUGGAACAUAGUCUUGAUGAAGACGGAUUAGUGGGCAGAAUGAAAAUGAGAUGUUCAAAGCUGAAGGAAAUACACAAUUUAUCACAUGGAACUCACCGCCACAUGUGUAGUGUGCUUUGCCUAUUUAGAAUUAUUCAGAGUAUUAUCUUGCAUAUUAAAAUACCUGUUUCUUU